CGAACGCAGCCAAGGUCUGCACAACAAAGCACUGCAUUGAGCUUUCAGUUCAGCCAGUGCAGUCUCAGCGAGAACAGUGAGGAACAUCUACCUCAACAAUGGGCGAAAGUAUUGAGCGUAAUUUGGGAAAACGAAUGAAAAAGCUUGUUAUUUCUGAUGAUAAUGGGGAGAGUGUCGUUGAAAAUUCUAUCAAAAGUAACAAUGACAGCGAGGAUAACGUGGAGAAUAUGACAGAAAAAAAAAAUGAAUGUUUGAGCAUACUGAUGAAACUUACAUCUGACAUAGAGAAUCUGUACAAGGCAGAGCAAAAUUUAUAUAAAUCGAUUCCAUCAAAAUAUAAAGAAGCGGUGGUUUCAGCGCAGGAAAAGUUGAAAGUAUGCCCGUGGCCGAAUCAACGGCACGCUUUACAGUGGCUUCUGCGAAGGGAACAGAAAAAACCAUUCGGUGGCAUUCUAGCCGAUGGAAAAGGUUCAGGCAAGACAUUAAGUAUGAUAUUUUUAAUCAUAACUACUCUUGCUGAUUCUGAUGAAGACAGUGCUGAAUCGAAUAAUUUCAGAGGUGGGACUUUGAUAGUCUGUCCUAAGUCUUCAUUGUCUCAUUGGAAAAACAAAGUGGAAAGUAAAUGCGUAAGUAAUUCGCUGUCCAUUGCGGUAUAUCACGGCUAUAAAAGAGAACGCAAUCCUGAAUACUUGGCAAAAAACAAUGUAGUCAUCACAACAUACGGUAUAUUGUUACAAGAACACAAAAGAAAACAAAGUGAUGCAAGUAAUACAUUGUAUAAGAUUAACUGGAAAAGAGUAAUAUUAGAUAAAGCACAUACAAUAAGAAAUUACAAAAAUAGAACAACUGAAGCAACUUAUGAACUCAUGGCGAGUAAACGAUGGGCUGUCACUGGUACGCCCAUACAAAAAACAGUACUAGAUCUGUAUUCUAUUAUAAAAUUCCUCAAAUAUUUUGAACGUUUGGAUGAUAUAAAGAAAUGGAAAAAGUGGGUAAAGAACAAAAGGAAAGCGAAGAAACUGGGAACAAUUAUAAAAACUUUAAUGCUGCGAAGAACUAAGAUAAAAGAAAGAGAAUACAUAAGACAAGAAAUGAUACAAAAAGUGAAACAAGAAGUUAUACAAGUGAUACAAAAAGAGAUAGCCAAAUACACAAAAAUAUAAAAUUAGAUUUUUGUUAAGACAAAAAUUGUUUAAUUAAUUAUUCAUGAAAAUUAUCUCGAGCCAAAGUUUAACGUACUUUUUUUCUACGAAGCGACCGCCAGAAGAUGUGUUUGCUACCGUUCUUAUAUUCGUUUAUACCUGUUUAUUUACCUCGUGCACUAUCAUAAUACCAACUCUCAUCGGUAUAUUGUAUGCUCCUCUCUAACGAAAUCGCUUCGAAUGAAAAUCGACUGGUCUCGAUUGCGCCUAAGUUCUCUCUGCAUCUCAGUCACGGAAUAAACGAGUCACUCAGUCAAA